AUGUUUUGCGAUGAGUUUGUCCUGCCGUUUUGCAAGACAACCCCCACCACAGGACGUCUUCAUCUUUGUUGUACGACUGUAAUGCCCCCCGAGCACCCAUGCUUCAGUGGCAUAAAAAUAAAGGGUUUCAUCAUGCACGUGACGAAAUCAGGAUGA